AUAUUGGCCUUGCGCUGCUAAACAAUAAGUUCAAUCAGCUGAUUGGCAAUGCUUCGACUUGAAAUGGCAAAUAAAGAUCUUUGAGCCUCAGUCAUCACACGUCCGCCAAGCUGAAAGCACCUGGACCAAUCACAGCCACUGCGAUCAGAGUUUGCGACGUUUCCGAUGCACGUCCGAUUUUCUAGUUCGAAAACUCCGACUAAAUUUCAUCACAACAAAUAGAUAGAAACUACAUUUUGAAGGAUAAUGGCUCCUGGUGGGAGUGCAUCUAGGGCGAACUCCUUCUCAUGGAGUACCCUCGCGUCUAUCAUUAUUGUAUUCACUGCUUUCCUCGUCUGCUCUGUAUUUGGGGGUCUUGAUUAUGAUAAAUCGGAGUUGGGUUCGAUGUCAUGGUGUGGCUCGCGACCAGAUGCCUGCUGCGAUGGACGCCGUGACAAAUGCUCUGUGCCUUUCAUGGGAUCCGUAUGCUACUGCGAUGCCUUCUGCAACCGAACUCACAUGCCUGGCUACCAGGACUGUUGCCCUGACUACUAUCGCGUCUGCUUGGGGGAACCCGAACCUCUCGCUCGAAUGUGCUCGAUACAUGGUCAAUUCAUCAAUGAGGGUGAUUACUACAAAUUCAAUUGCAAAAUGUGUAAAUGCAUUUGGAAUGGGUUCACAAUGUAUCUGGACUGUAAUGAGAAACAACAAACCGACUGCUUGAUCAACACAACAAUGAUUGACAUCAUAAAUAGAGAUCCGAGAAGAUUUGGCUGGCGCGCUAGUAAUUACAGUGAGUUCUGGGGUAAAGACAUCAAUCUUGGAUUCGAUAGGAGACUUGGAACACUGCUGUCCACUAGAAAGGUACUGAACAUGCUACCCAUCAAACCAGACUACGACAAACGUCGUUUGCCGCGAUCAUUCGACUCUAGGAAUAAGUGGCGAGGCAUGAUCGAGCAGCCACGUGACCAAGGGUGGUGCAACGCGUCUUGGGCUGUCAGCACCGCUUCGGUCGCUUCUGACCGCACCAGCAUUCUCUUGAAGAGGAGAAAGACUCUUCUCUCACCUCAGCAUCUUCUCUCCUGCAAUGCUAAAACUCAAGAUGGUUGUCAAGGAGGCCAUUUGUCACGGGCUUGGGUGUUCAUCAGAAGAUUUGGGCUGGUCGGUGAUGAAUGUUUCCCCUGGGAAGGCCAACAAACUACAUGUGUGAUUGCCAAGCGCAAGACUGCUAAUGAAUCAAGAUGUGUUCCUCGCAAUUUGCGCUCGCCUCUCUACAGAGUUUCACCCGUUUAUAGAAUAACCGGAGAAGAUGACAUCAUGUAUGAAAUAAGCAAAUCAGGUCCUGUACAAGCUACAAUGCGUGUCUAUCAAGACUUCUUUGUAUACGGAGGAGGAAUCUACAGAUGCACUGAUCUGGCAAGAAGUCAACGCACAGGACUUCAUUCGGUACGAAUUUUGGGCUGGGGCGAAGAAACCCAAGCUGGGCAAACAGUCAAGUAUUGGAUUGCAGCCAAUUCGUGGGGCCAAUGGUGGGGAGAAUACGGCUUCUUCCGCAUUAGAAAAGGAUUCAAUGACUGCAACAUUGAAAACUUUGUUCUAUCAGCUUGGGCAGCUCAUGAGAAGACACCGACAAUCAACUACCGAAACCCCAUCAAGUAUGAUAACACGCUCAGUAAUGACAUAUAGAUGAUCAACAUCAGAAAUACGAAUCUACUGUGCAGAAUCACAACUCACAGACUACAGUCUCAUAAUAUAUUAUACUGUCGUUUAAAAAUUAUGGAAGCCUACAGUUAAUUGAUAGUAAAUUGAGUUAUAUUUCCUAUCUUGAGAUAUUCCGAUAUUUUCGAUCCGACUAUUACGAUAUUCCAACGUCCAACGGAAAAGAAGGAAUACAAUUUGCCUAAAACUGUAGGCCCACGUACUGUACUGUUAUCAUACUUGUACCACCCUCUAGUAAUUACUUCGGUACCUAUUUUAUAUAUCAUCAAUUUAGGGUGUAAUAAUUAAUGUAGUAUGUGAACUAACGAGGCUUCCCGUUACGCCUUGGCAUUUAGAAAACUAUACACGAGCUUGAGUUAUUGUUUUCUUCUACACGGAGACUUCUCAUUGUGUUCCAUAUUUUUGUAAAUAUGUGUUAAUAUAGUUGUUAUUUUUGAGGUUCGAACGCCAAUAGAUCAAAUUUAAUUUCUAGAAUGAAAAAGUACUCAAAUAAAUCAAUACUUUUUGAAUGGCUUUGUAUGAUGACUAUUAUAAUAGUCUUAUAACAAAAUUUCUCAUAAUUAUUAUAAAAUAAAGAGUCUCAUAAUAGUAAUUCCUUGAGAACAUUUUCAGCUAUCAUCUUACAAAGUAAGGAUGGAGGAGCUUCCUCUCAAACAAAAUUACUGAUCCGAGAUAUUAUUUUGUAUGAUAAAGACAGCUUAACAUCUUCCAAUUGUCAAAAUUUAUACAGCUUUCUAUUGAUGAUUUUGUAAUACAAAAUUCAUUGAUAUGGUGAAAUCCUAAAAUUCAUCAUUAUAAGAUAUGGCAUGUAUCUUUACCGGCCAAAUAUAAUUGAUAUAUUUCUUCAAUGCAAUACAUUUCGGAGGUUUUUAAUUAUGUUUACGUUUUAAUAAGUAUAUUCUUCAUUUUUAUUUGAUCUCAUAUGAUUAAUUCUCUAAUGAGAAGAAAAUCGUUAAACUGAACUAUAUAUUGUACAGAUACAAAGUAGGUAUGCAUUGUAAAAUAAGUUGUUUAAUGUGUAUUAUUUAUGCAAAACAAAAGAAAACUUCAUAUUUCAUGACCACAAUUUAAUGAAAUCUAAAAAGUAUUUUUUGUAUUUUUUAAGCAACUUAAAUACUGCCUAAUGUUUUAGCAAUGACUAACAAUGCACUUUUAGUCAUACAAUAACUGAUAAAUAUCUAUUGUAACUUAGAUAUGUAGACUGUUUGUGUUAUAAAAUAAAAUGUUUUAUUGUAUUAUAAUCAAA